AUGGUCUCUACCAACGGUGAAACUCCCAAAAGUGUCGUCCUCAUCACGGGCUCGGCCGGGUGGUUAGGUAACAUCCUGGCCGGUGAACUUCUUUCAGAUCCCAAGACGCCUAACGUCCAUCUCAUUUUAUGUGACAUCGUACUACCCAAAGCACCCAAGAACGCUAAACACUGUAUUUGUCUUGAAGCGGAUCUCAGUGACAAAGCCCAGGUUGAAGACCUCUUCAAAACCGAGUACGGAGUACCCGAUACCAUUUAUUGCUUCCAUGGGAUCAUGAGCAGGGGAUCGGAAGACAAUUUUGAUCUCGGUCUCAAGAUUAACAUCGAUUCCAUUCGACUCAUGUUGGACGCAGCGAGACAUGCUCCUCGUCUCAAUGAUCAGUUGAUCAAAUUCAUCUUCUCUUCAGCCCUCGGGGUUUAUGGUGGUCCGACUCCUCCUAUCGUCACUCCAGCUACCAUGGCGACCCCCGAGGGUGCAUACGGUACAGGCAAACUCAUCAGCGAACUCUUGGUCAACGAGUAUACCAGACGUGGGUUCGUGGACGGUCGUAGUCUUCGUCUUCCUACAAUCGUUGUCCGACCUGGAGUUCCAAGCGCUGCUACCUCGGCCUUUAUCUCUGGUAUCAUCAGAGAGCCGUUACAUGGACAAGAAGCUGUAUGUCCGAUUGGAAGCGAUGUGAACAGUCCGGAGCUCGAACUUCAAACGUGGGUCGCUAGUCCGGAAACGACCAUCAAGAACUUUGUGAUCGCCAAGCAUAUCCCCGCUGAGAAGUUCUUGUCACAUACCAGGGCCGUUUACCUGCCUGGCUUUACAACAACGAUCAAAGAAGAAUUGGACGCUUUGAAGGAGGUAGCAGGGGAAGAAGCGUUGAAGUUGGUUAAAUUUAAGGACGAUCCCAUCAACAGGAGGCUUGUAGGAUCAUGGCCUACUCACUUUGAUCUCUCUUAUCCGCUCAGUCUCGGAUUCGUAGCGGAUGAAGGUGGAAUGGUCCCUAUCGUGAAGAGCUUCAAAGCGGCCGUGGACGCGGGUUUGGUUUGA